GACAUGGAUUGGCCCAGCACAAGAGUGUCCCAGGGUGGGCUCUUUCAUACGCCCCGUGCACGCUAUACCAAGGAAACUCAGGAGCUUAUUAAAGUGUUAAUGGAAGAGGCCAAAUUGACGAUACUUCAAAGAAAUAAAAUUAACUACCAUCUUCGAAAUGGAGAACCCUUACCGAUUCCAAAGGAGCCUAAAUUUGAACAGGAGUACAGCAAUUUUUUGCCCGUCGCUAUUCCGCGGAAGAAUAUUAAAAAACGAUCGCUGAAUACCAUCAUUCAGAGUGGUGCGUUUGACGUGGAGAAGUACGUGCCUCACAAACCGAAGGAACCGAUCGAGAAAGUGAAACUAAAACUGCAAGAACAAAUGAGUGGCGUGAAAGUGUUUCCUGAUGAUGGUCGCCGACGACGGGUGCUUCGAAGUAAAAGUGAUGGAUGCAUGGACUUCGUUCCUCCCGAUCGUGCAAGUGAACUUCUGGAGGAAAUCAACGAACGCGUCCAGUGGCUAGAAGAAAUGGAGGCUCUGGGUGAGGGAAAAAAGCAUCGAGCCACUAUCCAGCUGCAGAUUGCAGAAAAACUCAACGAACUCAAACGUCUCGAGCGAGCAAAGUCGCAGGAAAACGAAAUCUAA